AUGGCGGCCGACAUGGAUCAGAUUGCACAGCUGCUUAAUGCCACUCUCGAUCCCGCCCAGCACAGAAAAGCCGAGUCGGCCUUGAAGCAGGAGGCUUCCAAGCCCCAAUACUCGCUGUCCCUUCUCACCAUUGUCAGCAACGAAUCUGUCCCUGCCAAUACGAGACUUGCCGCUGCCCUCGCCUUCAAGAAUUUUAUCCGCACAAGCUAUGUCGACGAGGAAGGAAACUACAAAAUCUCGGCAUCUGAGGUCCAGACCAUAAAAGAGCGUCUGGUAGGCCUCAUGAUUGCUUGCCCCCCCAAUGUGCAGGCACAGCUUGGCGAAGCAAUUAGCGUCAUCGCAGACUCCGACUUUUGGAGGCGGUGGGACACCCUCACACAGGAUCUCGUCAGCCGAUUCUCUGCUACCGACCCGAAGAUCAAUGUCGGCGUUCUCGAGGUCGCACACUCCAUUUUCAACAGAUGGCGCCCGCUAGGAAAGACCGACGAGCUCUAUAUUGAGAUCAAUCAUGUGCUGGGGACAUUCGGCCAACCCCUUUUCCAGCUCCUUGUAACUACAGACAGCAAGAUCCAAGAGCAUGCCAACGACAAGCAGGCCCUUCGUGGCUGGUUCGAGACCCUCGAUCUCCAGAUCAAAAUCAUGCACGACCUGUCGAGCCAUGAUCUUCCCCCCAUCUUUGAAGACAACCUCUCCAGCAUAGCCGAACUAUUGCACAAGUACCUCACAUACACCAACCCGCUACUAGAUACCGACGACGAAUCUGAAGUUAGCAUUGCCGAUGUGGUUAAGGCCAACAUCUGCGAGAUUCUUGUUCUCUACACCUUUAAAUACGACGACGAAUUCUCCCAAUACUGCCAACCAUUCAUCACCAGCGCCUGGAACUUGCUCUCGGCUACUGGCACCGAGACAAAAUACGACAUUAUUGUCAGCAAAGCCCUGCACUUCCUCACCGCCGUCACUGCCACUACCCAAUAUUCCGGCCUAUUCAACAGCGAGGAUGUUAUCACGCAAAUCGUUGAAAAGGUCAUCCUACCAAAUGUCACUCUUCGUGAAUCCGACGUCGAGCUGUUCGAAGACGAGCCGAUCGAGUACAUUCGUCGCGACCUAGAAGGCUCCGACAACGACUCACGUAGACGCUCCGCCACCGACUUCCUUCGCAAGCUACAGGAGAAGUUUGAGAGUCUUGUGACUACGGCAGUCUCAAAAUACAUUAGCCACUACCUUAACCUUGGAAAGACGGACUGGAAGGCCAAGGAUACCGCCAUCUACCUGUUCUUGUCCAUUGCUGCCAAGGGAGCUGUCACCGCCGCGCAGGGCGUCAAGACAGUAAACCCCCUGGUUAAUAUUGUCCAGUUCUUUGAGCAGCACGUUGCCGCGGAUCUUGUCGCCGCCGACGACUCGGAGCCGAUCCCCAAGGUUGACGCAAUCAAGUUUCUCUACACAUUCCGAAGCCAGCUCAACAAAGAACAGUGGAAAGAAGCCAUUCGUCCUCUGGUACAGAAUCUCAACUCUUCCAACUAUGUCGUUUACACGUACGCCGCUAUUGCUGUUGAGCGGGUGCUCUUCUUAACUGAUGACAACGGCAACCACACAUUCAACCGCGAGGAUAUUGAACCCCUUUCCAAGGACUUGCUAGAUCACCUCUUCAAACUCAUCGAGAAGGACCCCAGCCCCGCCAAGCUUCAGGAGAACGAAUUUCUGAUGCGCUGCGUCAUGCGUAUUCUCAUCGUCAUCAAGGAUGGUGCCGCCGCAGUUCUUGACAGUGCCCUUACUCACCUCAUCGCCAUUACAAACAUUAUGAAGCAGAACCCUAGUAACCCUCGUUUCUACUACUAUCACUUUGAGGCGAUGGGGGCCUUGGUUCGCUACUGCGCCGCCACCAGUGCUCCUGCUCUCAACGCCAAGCUUUGGGGUCCAUUCCAGGAGAUUCUCUCCGAAGACGUGACUGAAUUUAUGCCUUACGUUUUCCAGAUUCUCGCCCAACUCCUCGAAUCGAGCCCGGCUGCGACUAUCUCGGACAAUUACAAAGGUCUUUUGCAGCCACUACUUGCGGCUCCCCUCUGGGAGACCAGAGGCAACAUCCCCGCCUGUACCAGGCUUUUGUCUGCUGUUAUUCCCAAAGCUUCUGCCGAUAUCGUGGCCAACAAGCAGAUGGAGCCACUUCUGGGUAUCUUUCAGAACCUGCUUAGCAGCAAGAAGUUUGAGCUCAAUGCUUUUGACAUUCUAGAUGCCAUUGUCAAAGCAUUCGAACCGGCCGUCCUCGACCAGUACUUUGGUACGAUUCUGCAACUCAUCUAUACAAAACUACAGGGAAACCCAGGCCAAGCGCUAAAGCUUCGCUUCGUUCGCUUCUUCCACCUUGUCAGCUCACGUCUCGAGGCCGGCUACGGCACCGACUUCUUCAUCAAACACUCGGACAAGCUGGACGAGAAGGCCUUCGCUCAGGUCUACCCACCAUUUGUGCUUGCCGAGACAGAGAAACUCGCCCGGCCAAUUGACCGUAAGCUGGCUGUCAUCUCGCUGACCAAGACGCUCUGCGAUUCGACUGUAUUCGCGCAAAAGUUUAUCAAGGGGUGGGGCAACACCUGCCGCAUUCUGCUGUCGCUGCUCGCCAACCCCGCUGCCGUGGCUGCCGGCGGCGGUGAUGAGAUUCUCGUCGAGUCCUCCGUUGAUGACAUUGGUUUCGGCACCUCAUACACGCCACUUAACACCUGCAAGCCCCAAGCGCGAGACGACUCUCCCGAGAUUCAAAAUGUGCCCGGAUGGGUUAAGGAAUACAUGGCCAACGCAAAUCAGCGUCACAACGGCGCCCUGCAACGUUUUAUCAUGGAGCGCGUUUCUCCGGAGCAGCAGCCGGCGAUUGCGCAGUACCUUGCCUAG